GCGCCGCGGCCAUGGCGCUCUUCUCCAUCCACAGGUAUGGCGGGGAGGAGGAGGGGGCCGAGGCCGAGGCGGAGGAGCGGGCUCGGGUCCUGCUGGAGCGGCUGCGACAGCAGGCCAAGGCCCGGCAGCUGAAGAAGGAGCAGGAGGAGGCGCGGCCCGAGGGAGGGGAAGGGGAUCUCCCCGGAGGAGCCAGCCCCGGGGGCGAACCCGGGGAGAGAGCAAGGAAGAGGAAGGGGGAGAGCGAAGAGCAGGCCGGUGCGCAGGGACAGAAGAAGGUAAAGAAGAAACAGCGGUCCGGCAGCUCUCUUGAAGAAGGAGCGGGUGCUGAGGAGGCAGCAGAUGGCAGUACUCCAUCGAAGAAGAAGAAAGAAAAUAGAAGAAAAUCGCGAGAGAAGACUGAAGCAGAUUCUGAAGAAGAUAUCAGCCAACAGGAAAACAGAAGCAACCUUAACAAUAAGCCUUCUAAAAGGAAAAAGAGGGAUGAGGAAACAGAGGGAGCUGAAACAAGGAAGACAGACAGCAGUGGAAGAGCUGAAGAAGACCAGAGCACAAAGGAGGAGCUGUCCUUAGCAGCCUCAGAGAAAGAGGCAAAUCAUCCACCCUCCAGUUUGAUGGUUCUUGGAGACUACGACAGAAAGCCAGUGCAGAAGGUUCAGCCCUUCUUACCGCAGUGGCUUGCUCAACCCAAACUAGUACAAAAACGUAUCAAAGAUAAUCUAGUUCCAAUCAGAGAUGUCCCAGGAAUUCAUCCCAGGCUGUUGAAAAAGCUGCAAACGAAUGGGAUAGAGUCCUUUUUUCCAGUUCAGGCAGAGGUGAUUCCUGCUAUUCUGCAGAGCGCAUCCAAUGGGUAUUUGAUGGGGCAGGGAGGAUACCGCCCCAGAGACAUCUGCGUCUCCGCACCUACCGGCAGUGGUAAAACCCUGUCUUUUGUCAUACCCAUAGUACAGGUUCUACUACAUCGAGUAGUUUGCCACGUUCGAGCUCUGGUUGUUCUGCCCACCAAAGAACUGGCCCAACAGGUGAGUAAAGUGUUCAACAUUUAUACUGACGGGACAGGUCUGAAGGUCAUUUUGAUUACUGGCCAGAAAUCUUUUGCAAAGGAGCAGGAGAUGCUUGUACAGAAAAAAGUGACGGGCUACUGCAGCCUGGCUGAUAUUAUUGUGGCGACACCAGGGCGGCUCACAGAUCACAUCAACCAGACCCCGGGGUUCAGCCUGACACAGCUUCGCUUCCUGAUUGUAGAUGAAGCUGACCGUAUGAUCGAUGAUAUGCACCAGAACUGUCUGAACCAAAUUGUCAAAGCUGCAUUCCAAGUGGAAAAUUACACUGGCUCCAACGUGCUUUUUCAGAGGACCAAACCAGGGCCUUUAACAGCAGCCAGCUCCUGCUGUCCUCAGAUACCCUUACAGAAACUGCUGUUUUCAGCCACGCUCACUCAGGACCCGGAGAAGCUGCAGCAGCUGGACUUAUUCCAGCCUCGCCUCUUCACAUCUGUCUAUUCUGAGAAAAAAACACUCGGAGAUGGAGCAGAGACUGAAGAUGCUGAGAAAUACACACUCCCCGAGGGGCUAUCGCAAUGUUAUGUGCCUUGUGACCUGAAUUCCAAGCCUUUGCUCCUCUUGCAUUUCAUGCUGAUGAUGAAAUUUACCCGUGUGUUGUGCUUUACCAACUCCAGGGAAGCUUCUCACAGAUUGUUCUUGCUGGUUCAAGCCUUUGGUGGAGUCACUGUGGCUGAAUUUUCUUCUCGGUUAUCUCCAAAUGAGAGACAGAGAACCAUAAAGGAAUUUGAACAAGGAAAAAUACAACUGUUAAUCAGCACAGAUGCCACUGCCCGAGGGAUUGACAUUAAAGGAGUGAACUAUGUGAUAAACUAUGAUGCACCUCAGUUCAUCAGGACGUAUAUUCACCGCGUUGGAAGAACAGCUCGUGCAGGAGAAGUGGGUGUUGCUUUCAGCUUGGUCCUUAGAAUCCAGGAGCGUCGGUUUCUGCGGAUGUUGAAGGAUGCUGGCAUCCAAGAUGUGAAGAAGCACCCGGUGAAAGGCAACUCAUUAAAGCCGUUGGUGCAGCGAUAUGAGGAAGCUCUGUCUAAACUUGAGAAGACAGUCAAGAUCGAGCGAGCACAGAAACGAGCCUGAAUGAACGGAAGCUGAGGAGGUCGUGUUUUGUGGCACUGAAGCUGCUGAGGUCAUGGAGUACGAUAACAGCAGCACGGUAACAAUGAGACAUGGUCACUGAAUGGUUGGCUCCUCGACCUUAUCGUAGCCAAAGUCAGCUCUUACAGGCCUUGUUCCCCUUUCAAGGACAGUGCAAACAGAAUUCAGUUACUGGUUUGAAAAAAACCAACAAAACCACUAAGAUACAGUUGCCUUGAAGAGGAUUUUGCAUCAUACCCUACUGGUAUAUAUAUACCUACUGGUAUAUAUAAAGCUAUACUGGUAUAUAUAUACCUACUGGUAUAUAUAAAGCUACCACCAGUGAAGAGAAGAGCUGUUGCAGAGCUCUUGAGCAUGGGCCUGAUGGAACUGCUGGUCUCCUCUGAACUCGGACAACUAAUGGUUCUGUUACUGCACAAACAGCUGCAUCUGCAAAUGCAUAUACAGUGGAAUCAUGCUGUAAGCUGAAGUGAUGGCAACUUUUAAAUAAAUACUAUAUAUAUUUUUAAAACAGUGUCUAAUAAAGAUUCCUGGGUACAGGAAUGGAGAUAAUGUUGAAAGGA